AUGUCAUCAUCACCCCAGGGAGAGAAGGACAAGUCCAGCAACUACAGCUUGGAUCGCGACAUUCCGCGCACCUCGCCCUCGUACGAAGAUGAAGACGAAGCUCAUCGCGGGGUGCGCAAGGUGGAGGCUAUCCACAGGGUCUUUGGACGCUAUUCGAAAUGGGCUCUCUUCAUCAGUCUUGGUCUCGCGGCGUACAUCUACUCUCUCGAUGGCACUACCACGUACAACUACCUAAGCUUUGCGACCUCAGGAUUCGGGCACCAUAGUCUCAUCAGCUCGAUCCAGGUAGCGCAAGCGGUCAUCGUCGCGGUGGGAAAGCCUGUAAUCGCCAGGAUAGCCGAUGUCAGCUCGCGUGGGACUGCAUAUGUUUUCGUCCUGCUGUUCUACGUCAUCGGGUACAUUGUCAUAGCGUCUGCGCAAAACGUCGGUGCUAUCGCUGCAGGAAUUGUUAUAUAUGCCAUGGGACUACAACUCCUCACCCAAGUCAUCAUCGCCGACAUCACAACCCUCAAAUGGCGUGGCCUUGUAUCUGCUUUGAUGUCUACGCCCUUCAUCAUCAACGCCUUCGUUGGGUCAAACAUCUCGACGAACAUCCUACAGAACUCUGGGUGGAGAUGGGGCUACGGGAUGUUCGCGAUCCUCGUCCCGGCCGCUCUGUCCCCCCUCAUUGUGACCCUCCUAUGGGCAGAGUGGAAAGCUCGAAAACAAGGCCUUAUUGAAAAGAACACGCAAACAGCAGACAUGAAAUGGUAUAUGCGUGUUAGGCGUAUGGCCGCUCAGCUCGAUAUUAUUGGACUUGCCCUCCUCGGCACCUCAGUGGCUCUGAUCCUGCUCCCCCUUACGCUGUCGGAGAAUGCGAAGGGGCAUUGGAAGAAUGCUUCGAUGAUCGCCAUGAUCGUCAUCGGAGGCGUCCUCAUUCCGGUAUUCUUCAUGUACGACUGGAAGCUUGCGAAGUAUCCCGUUGUGCCAGCAAGACUCCUGAAGAAUAGGAGUGUUGUAGGGGCAUCGUUAAUUGGGUUCUUUGAUUUUGUCUCGUUCUACCUCACGUUCACCUACCUCUUUUCGUUCGUCAUCGUCGUCAAGCCAUGGCCUCUCCUCCACGCGACGUACUUCUCCCAAACCCAGACCGUGGCACUCACUUUCUUCGGGAUCUGCGCCGGGUUUGCUAUGCGCUUCAUACACCGUUAUAAAUACGUCCUCGUCGUGGGGCUCUGCAUCCGCCUUGUUGGUGUCGGCCUCAUGAUUCAUUCUCGCGGCGCCAAUGCCUCCGACGCCGAAAUUGUAUGGACCCAAAUCCUCCAGGGUAUCGGAGGUGGCUUCGCCGCAGUCUCUCUGCAAGUCGGCGCCCAAGCCUCUGUUCCCCAUGUCGAUGUAGCUAUGGUCACUGCAGUGGUGCUGCUAAUCACCGAGAUCGGAGGUGCUGUAGGAAGUGCUAUUGCCGGCGCUAUUUGGACAAACACAAUGCCAGGGAAGAUCUCGCAGUACCUACCCUUCCUUCCGGAGGCGGAUAGGCAACAGCUCUUUGGUUCCAUAGUCUACGCUGCCUCGUUCCCUCGGGGACACCCCGUUCGCGAGGGCGUUAUAGCAGCGUACAGCGAUGUGAUGGAGACAAUGCUCAUCGUUGCAACUGUUCUCAGCGUGUUCCCCAUCUUCAUAGCGCUUGCUAUGCCAAAUUGGCAUCUUGGGGAUAAACAGAAUGCGGUGGAUGAUAAGAAUCUCGCAGGCGAACCGACUCUGGCAGGACAGCAGGAACAGCAAAAGUCAUGA